UGAUGAUCUUUUGGGAGAUACCAAUUAGGAUUUUGUUUUACAUUACAAGAGAUUAGGUAUUGAUUGAAAAGGAAGAGAAAAAAAAAAAAGAAACGGAAGAGAGUAUAUGGGUUAGAAUGUUACCUUUGAGACAAUCUACACUAUUUGCUAAUUUGUUAGUAAGAUUUUUCCUGUAUCUCUUUUUUCCUAAUUUUUUUCCUUUGGCAACAAGUUUUUGUUACACUACCCAUGCAACUUUUACACAUUAUGUUUAUGUGUCUUACUAUUGCAGAUUGAAAAUGGCAGCAAAAUAUAUAAUUGGUUCUAUUGCGGCAUCGUUUGCCAUCGCUUAUGUAGCUGAUAAUCUUGUUGCUGAUCAGAAGAUUUUUGGAGGGACUACACCUCACACUGUUUUAAACAAGGAAUGGUGGGAAGAAACAGACAAGAAAUUUCAGGCAUGGCCACGUACUGCUGGUCCACCUGUUGUGAUGAACCCCAUCAGCCGCCGGAAUUUCAUUGUUAAGUAGGGAUCCGAAUCUUGAAGACCUAAUGUUUGCUUCUCUUUUGUCAAAGUUUAAGUUUCCAUUCACUGUGAAGAAAUUGUGGUCUUGAGACUUUACAGUAGUUGUUGGUUCUGAAAUUUGUCUUCUUUUUCUUUUGUCAAAACUCGUUCUGAUCAGAGCAUCGUUUGAUGACGAUGUCAUUCGUACUAGAUAUCAAUAAAUUUGUGAAGCAUA